AUGUCCGUAACUGUAUUGGACCUAUCUGGAAACGGCUUUAAUGUUAACAUUGCAAAGCGAUUUUUGAAUGCAGUCAGUGGUACCAAAAUCCAAAGUCUAAUUUUCAGUAAUAUUUGCAGCCUGGGCAGAUCUUCUGGUAAUAAUUCAAAAGAUCCAGACAAAUUCACAUUCAAGGGUCUUGAGGCGAGUGGUGUUAAGACUUUCGAUCUGUCCAGUUCAAAUAUUUUUUCUCUGUCAUAUUCAGUAUUUAGUUAUUUGCCAGAUCUAGAACAAAUUACACUGGCACAAAGUCAGAUCAACAAGAUUGAAAACAAUGCAUUUUGGGGUAUGACAAAUUUACUACAGCUAAACCUGUCCAAAAACGUCCUGGGUAUUAUUAAUUCUGAAACUUUUCAGAAUCUAGAGAAACUUGAGGUGCUUGAUUUGUCAUAUAAUCAUAUAUGGACGCUUGGACAUCAGUCAUUUCAAGGACUUCCAAAUCUACUCAACUUAAAUUUAACAGGAAAUUCGCUCAAAUAUGCACAUACAUUUGCAAGCCUACCAAGCCUGGAGAAGCUCUACUUGGGUGACAACAAAAUUACACAUGCGUCCAAUUUACUCAACAUUGCCACAAACCUCAAAACCCUUUACCUGCAAUUUAACAAAAUAUCUUCCACGUCAGAGUUCUACACGAUACUAGAGAAGUUUCCUCAAAUCGAGGAAAUAGUUUUUCGAGGUAAUGAACUUGUUUAUUGCCCUGAUGACGAGCAUAAAGUGCUUUCACAAAAAAUACAAAUCCUUGAUCUUGCGAUUGCAGGUCUGGAAGUUAUCUGGUCAGAAGGAACAUGUUUAAACCUAUUUGACGAUCUUCACCAGUUAGAAGCGCUUUUUCUUAGUUCCAACAGACUUCAGUCGCUUCCCAAAGACAUUUUCAAAGACCUCACCUCUUUGAUCUUUUUGGAUUUGUCCUCCAAUUCUUUGAAGUACCUUCCUAAUGGUAUUUUCCCUAAAAGUUUACAAUAUCUUAAUCUUGAAUACAACUCUGUUUAUUCAGUGGAUCCAAACCUCUUCAGCACCCUCAGCUACCUCAGCCUGCUGGGCAAUGGAUUUAAUUGUGACUGCAACCUAAGGGAUUUCCAAACAUGGCUA